AUGGGGAGUCACGCCAAGCAUCCCAACGGUGCCAAACUCCCAACCCAUCUUUGGAUCGUCGAACACGUCGUUGUAUCCAUAGGCGUUGGCGUUGGUGUGGCCGUCGGUCAUGGCCUCCAUGUCGCAGUCGCGCUGCAAGAACUUGAACGGGUUGUGGAGGAUGUGGAGCUAGGAAAUCUUCUUCUCAAACCAAAUCCUUUGUUGCCACCCUCUGAAAUCGGGGUGGAGUACACCCAAGAGAAGUAUGGAAGUGUUCCUCGUUAUUACAUCAAAGGGAUGCUACCCGUGGCAAUGCAAGAUUAUCUCUUGGAAAACAAUCCCCCCAACGGUGUUCUAGAGCUUGCAUCUGAUCACAGCCCCUUCUUUUCCACUCCAGAUGAGCUUGUAAAGGCACUUGUAAACAUCACAGCAUCGUUAAAAUGA